AUGGUUCUUUUUACGUCUAAAACAUCGUCGCUACUUGCACGGUUAGGAUCUCGCGUUCAUAUAGCUACAUACCGAACGUUUCAACCAGGUGACAUUGUCCUAGCGCGCCAUGUUUUGCGUCCUGACAGACCCAUUCUUUCAACUCCCCUAGGAGUUGGCAAGGAAUGGACAUUGGGCAACUCUUCGGUCCCACAUGAGUCUAUCAUCGGACAACCUGUGCGUACCACAGUGUCUCCAUUAACUAAACGUGGUGCUGAGACAAACCAGACUUUUAUUCUUACACUUCCGUCACUUGAUGAGUAUACUGUUCACAGAAAACGCCAAGCUCAACCAAUUUAUCCGCUGGACGCGGCAGCCAUUGUUUCUCUCGCUGAUAUCCAUGAAGAUGAAACAGGCGCAUGCGGAUAUGGGCGCGUAACUGGGACUGCGAGAGACCUAGAGACUAGCGACGAAGAACUUGUUCAAGGGUUGCCUGCUGAAGGCAAGACAGCAGUGACUCCUAUUGUGCCUAUCAAGAUGCGUCAGUAUCUCGAGGCCGGAACUGGUCAUGGAUCUUUAACACUGGCUAUAUCCAAAGCCAUCCAUGCCGCAAAUGGUGAUGCGCGAAGGCUUGGUGAUUUGAGUCUUCGCGGUGCAGUUUUACACUCGAUUGACAGAAACGCGUCGCAUUCUCGCACAGGUCGUCACAAUGUGCGCGAUUUCCGGAACGGCAUGUACUAUGGUGAUGUGGAAUUUCAUGUUAGCGACUCGCCGGAGCAGUGGCUAGCUGAAAAUGAAGGUGAAUGGCGAGCACGCGGGAUUCCAGAGGAGCCUGCUCAAGGAGCAAGUGCAGAAACGCCUGGAUCAUUUUUAAGUGGCGCGUUUUUGGAUCUCCCAUCCCCAGACACUUCGGUAACUGCCAUUGCCCAACGCUUGAUAGUUGAUGCACCUUUGGUUGUGUUUUGCCCCAGCGUGACACAGAUCCAGGACAUUGUUGAACACAUUCGGGUUGACGAAAGCAUUGACCUGACCCUGGCAAACACCGUAGAACUCAUGCCUGGUAUUGCUGGUGGGUCAAUGCGUGCCUGGGACGUUCGUUCAGCGGUAAUAAGACAAACUGGUGAGGUAGCGCGUGUGUGCCGACCGCGUGUAGGAACCGGUGUUGGUGGUGGAGGUUUUGUGGCCGUUUUUAGAAAGCUUCCUCAUCAGGCUCGGAUCAAACUCCGACUGAUGAAGGAGGCGAAGCAAGAAUCCAAGGAUACUGACUCCAAAGAUACUGAAUCUCAAAAUGCUCCCGAGACCGAAACCCUUCAAGAGAUAACUACAACCAUUUAG